UGCGUCGAUUGCCUGGAGCUUCAUCGAGCUGCACCCAAAGUCGUAGCCUUCCCUGCAGACGACCAACAAACCAUCCUGCCGCAACUUCACACAAAUCCGAUCGUCGGCUUCACAAACGAGAUCAAUACCGCAAUCGAACCUUUAGUCCCAGCCAAGUGCAACUCGAUUUCUCGCCCAUCAUGUCUCGCAGAUACGAUUCACGCACAACAAUCUUCUCCCCGGAGGGCCGUCUCUACCAGGUCGAAUAUGCUCUUGAGGCCAUCUCUCACGCCGGAACUGCCAUUGGCAUCCUCGCCAAGGAUGGCAUCGUCUUGGCCGCCGAGCGCAAGGUGACUUCAAAGCUGUUGGAGCAAGACACUUCAGCUGAGAAGCUGUACAUCGUCAACGACAACAUGCUUGCUGCCGUUGCAGGUAUGACGGCCGAUGCCAACAUCCUCAUCAACUACGCCCGUCAGGCCGCCCAAAGAUACCUCCUCACCUACAACGAAGACAUUCCAUGCGAGCAGCUCGUCCGAAGACUAUGCGAUCUGAAGCAAGGAUACACACAACACGGUGGUCUGAGACCGUUCGGUGUCUCCUUCAUCUACGCCGGAUGGGACCCUCGCAGACAGUUCCAGCUGUACCAGAGCAACCCUUCAGGCAACUACGGCGGAUGGAAGGCAACGGCUGUCGGUGCCAACAGAGCUAGUGCAGAGAGCUUGUUGAAGCAGGACUACAAGGAGGAUUGCACUCUGAAGGAGGCUUGCGGCAUGGCAGUCAAGGUUCUUAGCAAGACCAUGGACUCAACGAAGCUGAGCGCCGAGAAGCUCGAAUUCGCCACGGUCGGCCAGACGAGUGACGGCAAGAUCUACCACAGACUCUGGACCGCAGAGGAGAUCAAGGAACUGCUGAAGGAGCAUGAUCUGGCAAAGGACGAGUCCACGGAGGACAAAUAAUGGCAUGGAUGAAUUCAAAAACAUAGACGGGGCGUGAUGAUUGCCCUUAACCCUGAUGUACCAAUAAAAUUGAUGCCCCCAAGUUUCCGGAACCCCAG